AUGCGUUUUUCAUUACACGAGUGGCGUAAACAGGUUACUUAUUUUAAACGAAACAAUUUUAAAGAUUUACAAAAAGUUCGUGGUAUUGUUAAUACGAUUGCAUUUUUUAUUGUUUGGGGAUACGCAGGUUAUUUUAUUGCCAAUAGAGCCGAUAAAUCGGCAAAAGAAACAGGUAUUCCACAUAGUUUACAAGUUGCGCAAAUCAUAGGGAAUAAAUAUAUUACAAAGUGGAAUUUAAAUACCGGUGAAACAGAACAAAUUGGUAAGAAAUUAAAUAGCUUCAUAUAG